GCGGCGGGUGCGCUGCGGGCCUGGCGGGAGCGCUUCGAUUUCGGCGGCCGGAACGUGGCCUCCUGGUUCCCCGGGCACAUGGCCAAAGCCAGGCUUUGUGGGCACAGCUGACCUGGCUCCACUUUGGCAGGCCUGCGGCGGAUGAAGGAGUCGCUGCGCAAGGUGGACUGCCUCAUCGAGGUGCACGAUGCCCGAAUCCCAUUCUCAGGCCGGAACCCGGCCUUCCAGGAGGCCCUGGGAAUCAGACCUCACCUGCUUGUACUGAACAAAAUGGACCUGGCUGAUCUGACUCACAAAGCAAAAAUUCUGGAGCGCUUGGAGCAGGAAGGGCUCAAAAACAUCCUCUUCACAAACUGCGUAAAAGAUGAAAAUGUCAAGAAGGUCAUCCCUCUCAUCACGGAUCUGGUCAGCAGAAGCCAGCGCUACCAGAGAGCUGAGAACGUGGAGUACUGCAUCAUGGUGAUCGGAGUGCCCAACGUGGGGAAAUCCUCCCUUAUCAACUCCAUGCGGAGGCUGCACCUCAAAAAGGGGAAAGCGUCCCGUGUGGGGAGCGAGCCAGGGAUCACCAAGGCCGUGCUUACCAGAAUCCAGGUUUCCGAGAGGCCCCUUAUGUAUCUGCUGGACACGCCUGGAGUGCUGGCUCCGAGAAUAGAGAGCGUGGAGGCGGGCAUGAAGCUGGCCCUGUGUGGGGCCAUCCGGGACCACCUGGUGGGCGAGGGCGUCAUGGCCGACUACCUGCUGUACACCCUGAACAAGCAGCAGCAGUUCAGCUACGUGGAGCGCUAUGGGCUGGGCGAGCCCAGCGACGACAUUGAGAGCGUGCUCAAGCGGGUGGCACUGAAACUGGGCAAGACGCACAAAGUGAAGGUGCUCACAGGGACAGGGGACGUGAACGUGAUCGCGCCUGACUACCCUGCAGCCGCCUAUGAGCUCCUGCGCACCUUCCGCAAGGGGGAGCUGGGCCAGGUGCUGCUGGACUGAGCCCUGCCCAACCCCCACGCCUGGCUCGAGCUCAGCUGCCAUCCUCUUGCCCAGGCUGAUCAUGGCUUGGAGGCGGCUCACGGGCAAAGCGGGAUGUGGUGGUGCCCAGGCUGUUUCCCUCCUCCUGCCCCAUGCACAUGCAGCUCCGGGGUCAGUAUGGCCAUGGCCAGGAGAGCAGCCCUCAUGUGGGUCUGUGUUUGGCUUCCCAGCCAGGGCCCCUGUCAUCACUUGGGUGGGCUCUGUCUGCCCAUCAUCCCCAAGGGUGACGUGCUGUGAACAGACCCUAGCCCAGGGACUCCACAUCCUCUGUUUGG